AUGUCGAAGGAAGCCCGUCGCAUUACCAGAGAUCUGACUCGCGGUUCUCCAGGUGAUCAAGCCAUAUUCUCGAAUACCAAGACUGCAGAACAAAAGACGCUGGCGAAACGCAAGAGUCAAUAUUACGGAGAGGUGUUUGCAAAUCGAGAACCAAUUGCUUCUGCUCGUGAACGAAUUCAAGAUGAAUUCACUAUUAUCACCGACCUCUCCUCCUUCCUCUCAACUCGCUUUCAACGUCCCGAAAACUCAAUCAUUGUCUCCUUGUCACAUUCAUGCUGCAUGCUAUACGGUGGAAAUUUCGAUCCUGCCUACACUCUGACCAUCACUGCCUUGACCUCACAACUACAACCUGUCACGAAUAAGCGUAAUGCAGCUCUGCUAGCGAAACACAUGGAAGAAAGCUUAGGUGUCGAGUCUAAGCGUGGUGUUAUCAAGUUCGUUGCCACGCCAGAGGAAAAUUUGGCAGUGGAUGGCAAGACGAUUGCUGGGGAGAUCGAGGAACUCGAGAAAGCGACGGCGGAUCACAACUCGAGCCUUCAGCGAAGCUUAUCCCGUGGCACUAACAGCAAGCGCAGACAAAGCAUGAAGUCUCUGCGAGGCAUCAAAACUUCCAGUCAACUACCCACCCACAACGAAUCAAUGGUCUCACUUCCAUCUACUUACGAACAAAAUCCUCCUAUGCCAGCCAUGCCAUCAGAGAAAAGCACAAUGGAUAAGCGAGCUGAGAAAGCACAAAGAAUUGGACGAAGGAAGAGCUUUAUGGCCACCAUAUUUGGCAAGUAA